CCUUGCCUAGUGGAUCCUAUCCUAGUAAAAUCCACUCAAGUCAAAUGCAAGUUUAAGAUCAAGACACUCCUGUAAAAACUAUUUUAUUAAAUCAAAUUACUUUUAAAUAAUUUCAAAAAUAAAAUACAAACAAGACAUUAAAAUUAUUGGAGCAAUUACAAAAUGAUUACAUUACAAAUGGAAGUUUCAUGAAAGAUAGAUAACUCCCUCUAUUUCAAACUAUCAUUCAAUAAAACAGUUUUUUCCCUUGAGACCGAUUAACAAAAAAAUUGACCUAGUUAAAUGACUUCACUAUCAGAUAUAACAUUAUUAUCAUUGCGGCACAUGUUUAAACAUUUAUAUUUAAAUACAAAGACAUUGUAACCUGAGACUCCAGGGGUGGUUUAUCAAGUAAGAAUGUGAAACAUUUUAAAAUUGUCUACAUUUAGCAUUGCAAAAUAUGUAAAAAGAAAUUUAAUCAAUAUAAAAUCAGUGAAUAUUUUAACAAUGAAUGAAGAAGAAUUCUGUGCAUCUAAGGAUUCCAUAGUGAUAAACUGUGACCCAUGCAAGUUUGAGGAUAAACAUCAAGAAUCUAGUGCAUUUUGUCAUGACUGUAAUGAAUUUCUGUGUCAUCAAUGCCUUCAGUUUCACAGAAAAUUUCAAGCAUUUCGACAACAUCACAUUCUUCGUGGAGAUUUAAUGUCAAGGACUAGAAUGGUAACAAAACCAAAACCAGUGCUGAAACUUUGUGAUAAUCAUCAUAUGAAAGAAGUCCAGUUUUACUGCAGGAACCACAGGUCUGUGUUUUGCAAUUUAUGUAAAUUUGCUAAUCACCCAAAUUGUGAGUGUGACCUAAUAAACGAACUGGUAUCAGUUAGUGAGGACAGAACUAAGUUUGACAAUGUUUCAAGGAAAAUAAAAGGAAUAAAAACUGAAUUUGAAACACUAAGGGCAGAGCAAACAGAAGUUAUUGAUGUAACAGCAGCCAGUUCUAGAACCCAGAGAAACAAACUUAAAUCUUUGAGGCAGAAAAUGGGUGCACUCUUUGACAACCUGGAACAUGAAAUGGAAGAAGAAAAAAUCCAGGAAAAGUUUUAUGUCAAUGAUUUGAGAGAAAGUAUUGCUAUGUAUUCUGACGUCAUAAAUGAUUUGGACUCGCUCAGUGUCCAAGCAGAUGAUGUCCUAAAAUCACAUGACCAUGCAGCUAUCUUUGCGGCAACAUGCAAGUUAGAAGAAAACUUUGAAGACUGUGUGACAGUGAAGGACAGAAUAGCCGUCAAAGUAAUGAAAAUGCAGGCAAAUAAAGCUGGAAAUAAGUUAUUGAAACUAAAUGGUAUGUGUGAAAGUAUGAUAAAAGACAUAGAGACAAAUAGGCUUCUGAGGGCUGGUGACAAUUCAGAUGGAAUUGCAGAAGUAAGUGCACACGAAAAUAGGUUACCCAACAAACAGCAACAGAUGUACACUGUAGGAAAUAUCAGAAAAGAAAGAAAUGGAGAAGCUAAACAAACAAACAAAAACAUUUUAAAUUGUAAGUCAGAAGAACUACCACACGAGAAAACAAAUUAUUUGAAAGAUGAAAUUCCAAAACAGGGUUUGGAAAAGUCUGUUCCAGCAAAGCAACAAAAUCAUCCUGAUGAAACUGCAACAGAGGGUUUGAAAAAAUCAAAACAACAAAAUCAUCAAAAUGAGCCUACCAAGGGGGCAAUGUGUAAACAAAACAGUGUAAAGAAAAAGCAUAACCUGACUAGAGAUGUAAAGGCAAUGAAAACAACAACAGUUACUCCUGGAAAGCAGGACCUGAUAUUUGAAAAUCUGAACUUCAGGAACUUCUCAUAUAAAUACAUCAACUUGGAAGGAAAUCAAUGUCUAUGUGAUAUAACUGGUUCCAUUUUUCUCCCAGAUGGUUCCCUUAUUUUGUGUGACCGCGGCAACUCAACUGUUUUGUUAUAUGAUAAGGAGUUCAAAAUGACAAGUAAACAUAAACUUAAAUGCAAGGUCUGGGACGUGACACUUACAGACACUGGUGAAAUUGUCGUUACUUUGAAUUGUCUAAAGAUGCUUGUCUACCUUAAAAUUAUAUCAGGGAAAUUACAGCAGCAAAAUAUGACAGUCAGACUUAAAAGAGUACCUUGGGGUAUUGCUUCUUAUAAAGAUAAAAUUCUAAUAUCAUAUCAUGAUAACCCAGGAAACAGUGGCAUACAGAUUAGACACAAACUUGGUAGAGUUUUGAGAAACAUCAUUGUUGAUGACAAAGGUGAACUGCUCUUUGAUUCCCCAUUCUAUAUUGAUGUGAACCAAUAUAAUGGUGAUAUCUAUGUAACUGAUAGCAAAAGAAACACAGUGACUUGUUUAUCAUUUGAAGGGAAAGUUUUGUACAGAAUUGAAAGUCCAGUAUUCAUGUGGCCGAAAAAGAUUAUCCACGAUGAUCAGGGGAACUUUUUACUGUGUGCAAGCUUAGCAAAUAAAUUACUCCUGGUGAAAAAACAAUCAUCAUCUGACCUUUUAUCAACAGACAAGAAAGAAGAUGAAAAUAUUAAAGUGUUUUUGAAUGCAUGGACUCGUCCACAGACUGUGUCUAUUAGAAGAGAUGAUCAAACCAUGGUCAUUGGCUUAAGUUCUUCAAAUAUGAUGCUAAUUCUUAAAUCAUCAACAUAAAUCAUAGACAUGACAGUAAAUAAAUCAAUCAACAAAUAAAACAUGGCUUUGAGGGCAAUAUGUAAGUUUACGGACUGAUUUGUCAGA